CGGCCUGACCGCGACCAAAGGGAUUGCCUUCCAGCGCCGCACCGCACCGGGGGGGUCUUCUGGGGCGGGGGGUCUCAGCCUAGCCUCGAAACGCGGCUCCCACAUGGACCCAGCCCGACGUGCUUGAGCUGAACCUUCUCCUGAGACUUGGCUUACUUACACCCCUCCCCCCAGCAAGAAGACAGUCUCACAAUCUCUGGGGGAGGAAAGAAUGAUCACGGUAUGUUUUGGACGUAAAGCAGAUUCUGUAUGUCCAAAACAUACCGCUGCACGUUCUGGGAAAUGUAGUCCACAGUCAGAAAAAUGGAGGCCAGGCCAAGAUCGGCUGGUUUCGUUCAGUCCUAGGCUGAGUCCGGAGGUUGUCUGGGAGUGCCAGCCCGCCCCAGGAGUGCGCAGGCGCAGACUCCCGCGUUCGCCAUCGUUGUCUUUGUCUCCUGGAAAAAUCAACAAACAAAAACCCCUCCGAAAGUAUGUUUUUUGCUUGUCCCUUAACGAGUGGUGUUCCUCAGUCCCUGACCUUGAUCAUCCUCUAAGUACUCUGUAAGAAGUCCUGGUGGCGCACACAGUUAAGCUCUCGGCUGCUACCUGGAAGGUUGGCAGUUCACACCCACCCAGCAGCUCUACAGGAGAAACACCUGCUGAUCUGCUUCCAUGAAGAUUACAGCCAAGAAAACACUAUGGGGCAGUUCUGCUCUGUCACGUGGGGUCACUGAGUCAGAAUCAACUGGAUGGCACCUAACAACAACAAGAAGUACUCAGUGAGCAAUGGCAUUCUACUGCUAUGGCUUCAGCUAACACAGAUGACUAACAAAUGUCCAUUUUUAUCUGAGGUUAGCCUGACCUCCUGAUCUGACUGCCUAACGGACAGCUCUGCUUGGACAUUGCACAGGAACAUCAAAUUCUUUAUGUCCAAAAUAUACUGAUAAUCUCCUUCCUGCAGCCUGCCUCUAUCCUUUCCCCCGUCUACAUGACCUGUCUCAGCAAGUCACACUUCUGUCCAGCCAGGUUCUAGGCCUCUUACCUCUGAGAACAGGAAGAGCUUGAGCCAGCUUCCUUUGCUGCACCUUCCUUAUCUUUCAGAAGCUCUGAGAGUCCCUCAGGGCUCAGCUUGAGUUCUGGGAUGCUGCCUUGACCCUCAACAGCAACAUCCAAGUUCUCUGUCACUUUUCUGUGUACAAGUUUAAAAUCACUGCUUCAAACAAGAACAACAAUGGAUAACUGAGAAAAAAUGUAAAGGAAGUGCUGUCCUGGGUCAAUUUAAUCUCUCAUAGAUUGAGAGAGAUGGUGUGAUACGAAAACUUCGACCGUCCUUUGCCUUUGGUUCCUGAAAGAUAGCUCUCGGAAUUUGCCAGCAAUUAAGGUGCCUUUGUUUUCUAAGAGGAGCCCUGGUCACAGUGGUUGAGUGCCCAGCUGCUAACUGAGAGGAAAAAAAGCCUGGGAAGUUUAUAAACAGAAACAUAUAAUAACAUGAAAGAUGUGUCAGUCAGGUGUUAUGCUUCUCCAUGAAAAUACAAACUGACGAAGAAGUCAGAAAACAUAAACUGGAAAAUAUUUCCGCUUAGCACAGACUUUAAUUCUUCAAAACUGCACCUCUGUGUACGUGAUGCAAUUUGAAUGUUUGGAAAAAUAAUUUAUAGUUAAAUAUGAAAGAAGCUGUGUAAGAAAGAACUAUUGUGAAUAUAAUGAGAAUUCUAUAUUUUAUGCCCUUUUUAUAGUCAUGUCAUCUUAGGGUAAUCAGUAUGAGAAAAGAAAUUCAAUUUGAUUAGAUACCUGAGAGUUAAUCACUGGAGAGAAAGCAUCAAUUUAGUGAAUAUGACAAAGUUUUCAUCCAUGUCACAUCUCAAGCAAUACUAGGGAAGUCUUGUAGGAGAACUCUGUGUAAUAGGAAUGUUGGAAAACCUUCAGCCUGAAUCAGAUCUUCAGCAUGUACAAAUUCACACUGGAGGAAAACGUUAUGGAUAUAACAAAUAUGGGAAAACCUUUAGCCUGAAGCAAAACCUGAUAGACCAUAAGAAAAUGCAUAGUGGAGAGAAAUCCUAUGAAUGUACUGAAUGUGGUAAAGUGUUCUCUCGAAUCUCAUCCCUUACUCAAAAUUUGAGAAGUCAUACAGAGAAAAAAACAUAUAAAUGUAAUAAGUGUGGAAAAGCCUUCAGCCAGAAGGGAAACUUCCUUUCUCAUCAGAAACAUAUUGCUGAGAAACCUUACGAAUGUGGGAAGGCUUCUAUUCAGAUGGCAAGCCUCAUUAGACGCCAGAGAAAUUAUACCGGAAAACCAUGUGCAUGUAAGGAAUGUGGGAAAACCUUUAAUGGCAAAUCAUCUCUCUCUGAGCAUGAGAAAAUUCAUACUGGAGAGAAACCAUUUGAAUGUAAUCAAUGUGGAAGAGCCUUCAGCCAGAAGCAGUACCUUAUUAAACAUCAGAACAUUCAUAGCGGAAAGAAACCUUUUGAAUGUAAUGAAUGUGGAAAAGCGUUUAGCCAGAAGGAAAACCUCAUUAUCCAUCAGAGAAUCCACACUGGAGAAAAACCAUUUGAAUGUAAAGGAUGUGGGAAAGCUUUCAUUCAGAAGUCAAGCCUCAUUAGACACCAGAGAAGUCAUACUGGAGAGAAACCUUAUACAUGUAAGGAAUGUGGGAAAGCCUUCAGUGGCAAAUCAAAUCUCACUGAGCAUGAGAAAAUUCAUAUUGGAGAGAAACCCUAUAAAUGUAAUGAAUGUGGAACAAUAUUCAGGCAGAAGCAAUAUCUCAUUAAACAUCAUAAUAUUCAUACAGGAGAGAAACCCUAUGAAUGUAACAAAUGUGGAAAAGCCUUCUCUCGAAUCACAUCGCUUAUUGUACAUGUGAGAAUUCACACAGGUGAUAAACCUUAUGAAUGUAAAGUAUGUGGGAAAGCUUUCUGUCAAAGCUCAUCGCUUACCGUACACAUGAGAAGUCAUACAGGUGAGAAACCCUACGGUUGUAAUGAAUGUGGAAAAGCCUUCUCUCAGUUCUCAACCCUUGCUCUACAUAUGAGAAUCCAUACAGGUGAAAAACCUUAUCAGUGUAGUGAGUGUGGGAAAGCUUUUAGCCAGAAGUCACAUCACAUUAGACAUCAGAGAAUUCAUACUCAUUAAAGCCAUGUGACUGCCUUUAAGAAAGCCUUCAGCAAAAUUUAUACUUAACAGCACAUCAGAACAUUCACUUUAGAGCAAAGUGACAUUAAUGCUGAAAAUUCUUCAGCAAAAACUCAAAACUGAGAUUUUUAACAACUAUCGUGGUAUGAUGAACACCUGUACCCCUCGAGUUUCCACAGCAAACGUUGUUAAUGCUGUACUUUUAGGAGCAUUUUCAUUAAAGUCAGGAUCCAGACAUGGACAUUGCUAACUCACUACUAAUCAGUAUGCUCCUAGAAGGCCUACCUGAUACAGGAAGACAAAGGUACAAGAGAUACACGGAUCUGAACUUGACACAAAGUUGUUUUUAAAUUAUAUGAUUUGAUAUAUGUAUGACUUGUAAAGCUAUAAUCAAAAUUACUUGGUUUUGAUGUAGUCAUAGAUAAUAGAGAUUAGAAAAGAAUAUCAUGUACAGAAACAUGCAUAUAUGGGAAAUUGGUAAUAGGGUGGCAUCUCAAAUUAGGGACAUCAUGGAUUAUUCAAAAACUGGUCUCAGGUUAAUUAACUCUUCUGUGUAAAAAUAAUAGAUCUCUGCGAUCAUCAAAAUACUUACUAUGAGUUUUAAAAAUAUUGAAGAUUAGAAUGCAAAAAGCAAAACUUAAAAAGAAUUUUAUAGAGAAUGUCUUUAGAACCUUGGAGUUAAAGGAAUUUCUAAAAUAGCUUGCAAAACCAAAAACCAAAUCCACUGCUCUCAAGUCAAUUCCAACUCAUAGCAACCCUAUAGGAGAGAGUAGAAUUUCCCCAUAGGGUUUCCAAGGAAUGGCUGAUGGAUUUCAACUGUUGACCUUUUGGUUAACAGCCAGGUUAUUAACCACUUCGCCACUAGGGCUCAGACAGGUUCCAGAAUACGCACUCUUAAGUAUGUAUACAUACCUCAUACCAAAUAAACUGACACAUGUACCCAGGGAGCCGCAUACCUGUAUGUUUGUUGCAGAAUGAAUUAUAGUAGUCAGAAAUUGGGAAAAACAUGGCACUUGUGAAAUGGAUGAAUCAAGUCAGGUAGUCAUAUAGUAGAAUACUGUCUAGCAGUUAAGUAAAAUAUAUUAACAGGAAGAUCUGAAAAAUCGUGUGUAAAAAUGAAGGAAAAUUAUGAGUAUUAUAAUGAAAGUUAUGUGAAUAAAAUCACCACUAACCAAUACUCGUAUACGGAUAAACAUCUUUAUGUAAAAGUAGUGGGCUCUAGAAGGAAGGGAGGUAGAAGGAAAAUGGGACCAGGUGUGGUACUGGUAGUACAAAAGUACGUUGGUUUUGUAUACUAAUUAAAUUGAAAUAAAGAUUUCAAGUAAGUAUAACAAGAUUUUAGUUAGUUCUGGUUGUUAUAUAUGUGUAUAUAUAUAUGUGUUCAUUCUAUUUUUUGUGCUGUUUCUUAACUUUUUGAAUAAGAGGUGGAAAUAAGGUGGGGAAGCUGUACAUGUAGUACAUGUUAUAAUGAACUCACUUGCUCAUACUAAUAUUUUUAUAAGAAAUAUUUCUAAAAUCUUUAAAAUAUUAAAUGUUUAUUUUAAAAUUUGGGGUGGCAGCUUAACACAUCUCAUUAUUUAAAUUUACUCUUACAUGUCAUAAGUAAUGUGCAUAGUCUUUACUCAGAAGUUGUAGCAUGAUUCUGCCACAGGUUCUUUUUUUUACAUAAUUUUAAGGAUUAUGUCAUUAAAUGAUAAUAUUUGCACACACGUGGAAAGAGUUUGUUUUUACUGAAACAUCAGAAAUUUCAGUUCUCCACAUAACCAGUAUGGCAUUGUUGUUCUUAGGUGCCAUCCAGUCAGUUCUGACUCAGCGACCUUAUGUAAAACAGUAUGAAACACUGCCCAGUCCUGUGCCGUCCUCACAACCAUUGUUAUGCUGGAGCCCACUGUUGCAGCCACUGUCAGUCCAUCUCAUUGAGGGUUUUCCUCUUUUCCCUGACCCUCUACCAAGCAUGAUGUCCUUCUCCAGGAACUGGUCCCUUCUGAUAACAUGUCCUUGAAUCCAAGGAGCAUUCUGGUUGUACUUCCAGGAUACAUUUGUUCAUUCUCUGGAAGUCUGUGGUAUAUCCAGUAUUCUUCACCAACACCAUAAUUCAAAAACACCAAUUCUUUGGUCUUCAUUAUUGUCCAGCUUUGACCUGCAUAUGAGGCAAUUGAAAAUACCAUUGCUUGGGUCAGGCGCACCUUAGUCUUCAAGGUGACAUCUUUGCUUUUUAACACUUUAAAGAGGUCGUUUGCAGCAUAUUUGCCCAAUGCAGUACAUCAUUUGAUUGCUGCUUCCAUGAGCGUUGAUUGUGAACACAAGUAAAGCCCUUGACAACUUCAGCAUUUUCUCCAUUUAUGAUGAUGUUGCUUAUUGGCCUAGUUGUGAGGACUUUUGUUUAUGUUGAAGUGCAAUCCAUAAUGAAGACUGUAGUCUUUGAUUUUCAUCAGUAAGUACUUCAAGUCCUCUUCACUUUCAGGAACCAAGGUUGUGUCAUCUGCAUAUUGUAGGUUGUUAAUGAGUCUUCCUCCAAUCCUGAUACUUGUUCUUCAUACAGACCAGCUUCUCAGAUUAUUUGCCCAGCAUACACACUGCAUAAGUAUGGUGAAAAGAUACAACUGUGAUGCACACCUUUCCUGACCUUAAACCACACAGUAUACCCUUGUUCUGUUGGAACAACUGCCUCUUCAUCUAUAUACAGGUUCCUCAUGAUCACAAUGAAGUGUUCUGGAAUUCCCAUUCUUUGCAGUGGUAUCCAAAAUUUGCUUAGAUCCACACAGUCAAAUAUACUUGCAUAGUCAAUAAAACAAAGGUAAACAUCUUUAUGGUAUUCUCUGCCUUCAGCCAGGAUCCAUCUGGCAGUAAUGAUAACUCUCAUUCCAUAUCCUCUUCUGAAUUCAGCUUGAACUUCUGGCACUUCCCUGUGGAUGUACUGCUGCAACCACUUUUGAGUGAUCUUCAGCAAAAUUUAAUUGUGUGUACUGUUAACAAUAUUGUUAGAUAAUUUCCGCAUUUGGUUGGUUCACUUCUUUGGCAUCCAAAAAAAAAAAAAACAGAUCUCUUCCAGUUGGUUGGCCAGGUAGCUGUCUUACAAAUUUUUUGGUAUAGACAAGUGAGCACUUCUAGCUCUGCAUCUAUUUGUUGAAACAUCUCAAUUGGUACUCCAUGAAUUCAUGGAGUCUUGUUUUUUUGCCAGUGUCUUCAGUGCAGCUUGGACUUCUUCCUUCAGUACCAUUGGUUCUUGAUCAUAUGCUACCUCCUGUAAUGGUUGAAUGUCAACCAAUUCUUUUUGGUACAGUGACUCUGUAUUCCAUCUUCUUUUGAUGCUUCCUGCAUCGUUCAGUAUUUGUCCAUAGACUAUUGCAACUUGAGGCUUGAAUUUUUUCUUCUUUCAGCUUGAGAAAUGAUAAGCAUGUUUUUCCCUUUUGGUUUCCUAACUCUAAGUUUUUGCACAUGUAAUAUUUUGUCUUCUCAAGCUUUCCUUUGAAAUUUCUUCAGCUCUUUCAUCAUUUCUUCCUUUUGCUUUAGCUACUCGAUGUUCAAGAGCAAGUUUCAGAGGCUCCUGGCAUCCAUUUUAGUCUUUGCUAUCUUUUUAAUGACUUCCUGCUUUAUUUUAUAGGUCAGCUUAUUAUUCAACUGGAAGGUGGCCUCUAGGAGUGGCUUCAGUUCAGAGUUAGAAUGUUAGGGCAGUAGUCUAGGGUGUUAGUGCCUUCUUUUGAAUAGUGAUGCAGAUGAGUAUACAGCAUUUAAAUCUGAGACGGAUUUCAGAUACAUCAAAAUUUAUCUUAAAUGGGCAAUAAUGAGACGCCUAUAUAAUUGAAGCACUGCACUGCUUCUUAUUAGCAGUUUUGAAGGUUGUCUUGAGGUAAAUGUGUGUGGUUGAUUUCCUGAGGUAAGAUUUCUAAAUAACAUACCUGUAUAUCUACAUGACUCUAUCCUUUUCAUCAUUAUUUCACUAUUUUUUGGCUUUUUUUUAAAUUGUGCUUUAAGUGAAAGUUUGCAAAUCAUUAGUCUCUCAUACAAAAAUUUAUAUACACCUUGCUAUGUACUCCUAGUUGUUCUCCCUCUGAUGAGACAGCACACUCCUUCCCUUCACUCUAUUAGUGUCCAUUUGGCCAGCUUCUGACCCCCUCUGCCCUCUCAUCUCCCCUCCAGACAGGAGAUGCCAACAUAGUCUCAUGUGUCUACUUGAUCCAAGCAGCUCACUCUUUACCAGUAUUGUUUUAUUUCCCGUAGUCCAGUCCAAUCCCUGUCUGAAGAGUUGGCUUUGGGAAUUGUUCCUGUCUUGGGCUAACAGAAGGUCUGGGGACCAUGACCUCUGGGAUCCUUCUAGUCUCAGUCAGACCAUUAAGUCUGGUCUUUUUUAUGGGAAUUUGGGGUCUGUAUCCCACUGAUCUGCUCCCUCAGGGAUUCUCUGUUGCGUCCCCUGUCAGGUCAGUCACCAGUUGUCUGGCUGUUCUUUUUGAGAAUGGUGGUCAUGGUGGUAUUAGAAGUCAAGAUAGUAGUUACCCUUAGCACGUGGGAAGGAAAAGUAGUGACCUGAGAAUUGUUGCUUUUGAGAAUCCCUCAGUCAGUGUAAUUUUUGUUCCUUUCAUAGUAAUAUGUAUUCUCUGUGUUGCUCUUUGGAUCUUCUUUUUCUCUUACGUGUUCUGCACUUAUAAUGAGACUGAAUAUAUAUUCUAUUUAUUGUGUUUGGGAUUGGUUGUGUUUCCUGAAAUUGAGAUUUGGUGACAGUAGUCAGUUCUAGGAAAUUUUCACCAUUAGCUCUUUGAAUAUCGCCUCUCCAGUUUUAUUAUUCUCUCUGCAACUCCAGUGAAACUUCAGUCAUACCUUUUCACUUGGUCUUACAUGUCUUUUUUCAUAUUUUGUAUCUUUGUCUCUGUGUGCUAUAUUUUGUGUCAUUUCCUUAGAUAAUUUCCAGUUGUGUAUAAUCUACCAUCUAAGAAGUCUUAUCGAGUUAAUUCAAUUAUUUGUAACUUUAGUUUUUGUAAUCUAUCUGGUUUUAAUCAUUUCAUUUUAUCCUUACAUUGGCCCUGUUAAAGAAAUUGAGGCUUAAGUGGGUUUCUUAACCAGUCAGUGAUCACACACAUGAAAUGGCAGAGAUGGGAUCAAUACUUGUGUUUGACUUCCUUUAUCCAGUGUAUUUUCUACUCCACUCUCUUCUCCAAACACUUUAAUUAAUAGGGACACUGUGCCACAAUAUUCCUGGCCGAGAGCAGAGAAAUGAAGCUUUGAGUGGAGGAAGAAUAUAUAUUCACACAGAGAAAGUAGGUCAGUAGAGAUGUAUCCGUAGUGAUGUAGUCUUUUAUUCGUGUUCUGCUUCAGGCAUGGGUGGUACUGAGAUGGUUUCCAAGGUUUCCUCAUUUUCCUGGAUCAUUAAAAUACAGUUCACGUAGGAGAGUAGUUUUCCACCCAGGUAUCUCCAAAAUGGAAAGAUGAAGAGUCUAAGUGAUGUCUGGUGAUUCAGCCUGAAGUUUUUAAAUGUAUAAAACAUUUCCAAUCUAGUGUUUUGUCUUAAAAAUAUAUAAAAUUACAUAUACUAUAUGAUUCCAUUUCUGUAGAAUUCACAACAGAAAAUAUUCUGGUAUUAGAAGAUAGCAGUUAACCUUUGAGGAAGGAAGACUAGGUGGAGGCAUGAGGGGGCUUUUGAGGUGGUGGUAAUGUUCUGUUUCUUGACAUAAUUCUGGGUGUUCCCAUUAUGAUAAUUUGAUCUGUACACUUGUAUAUUUAUAUGAAUUUGUAUAUUUUAUACAUAUUAAUGAUCUAUUUCUAAAAUAUCCUUAUUUAUUAUGAAGUAAUGUUUUAAAAUACUAAAUUAACAUUACCAGUACCAGUUACUAUCAAGUCGAUUAUGACUCAUGGAGAACCCACAUGUCAGAGUAGAACUUUGCUCCAUAGGGUUUUCAGUGGCCGACUUUUCAGGGUAGAUUUCCAGGCCUUUCUUCUGACCCUAACCUUUUUCUUAGCAGGUAAGCUCAUUAAUCGUUUGCACCACCCAGGGACUUCCAGUCUUCCUGUAGAGUUGAUUGUGUAGGAAAAUGCUCCAUAUUUGCCCUGUGACUUUGCUUGUCAUAACUGUAUUACUUUUUAAAAAAUUGUUUCCGUAUUUUAAAAAUCAUGAGGAUCAUACCAGGAUUAUUUAAUAUGAAAAUUCACUGAUUUCUUUUACUAAUGGUUUCCUCAAUCUGUAAUAAAAUUGGGCAAUCACCAGUGAAGAAUGAAACUAUUUAAAAUUUUCACUAUUAAUUGAAUCAUAACCUUUUGAAAGAGUAAGUUUUUAUUUGAUUUUAAUAUAUUUACUAAUCAACGUUUAUACGGUCCCCCCCGAGAUAUUUAAUAAAACCCAUUUGUAAAUUUAGGAAUGGACCCAAAUGGCUGGUCUCAUUACAAUAACUAGCUUUUGAGUUUGACACACGGGGUGCAAGAUAAAAAUUCCAAGCACUUCGGAUAAAAAUUUGAGGCAAUCUAAUUUUUUACCUCAUUUAUUAUCCUCCAUUUGUUUAUGUGAGACAUGGAGCAUACUAUAGAGAUGACAAAUAUUUUGUGGGAUCACCAGGUGACAAACUUGGUGUAAAUUACAUUUUGGAAUUUAAAGCAAAUAUUUGAAACCUUAAACAGAUACUUGGGAUUUCUUUUCAAAUGAAAGCAUUCAGUGUGACGACUCCACAUGCCUACGGGACAGAUGAACAUUAAGUGAGACUGAUGCGCAUGUGGCAGAACUGCAACACUCAGACCUCGCUGGUGGGAAUUGAAAACGGUGCGACCACUUUGGCAAGCAGUUUGGCGGUUGUGUUUGUUUUUUUUUUUUAAAACAGAUUUUAGGUUUACAGAAAAUUUAGAAUACAGAGUUCCCCUGUACUUUGCACUCAUUUUCCCCUAUUAACAUAUUGCAUUACUAUGGUAUAUCUGCUACAAUUAAUGAAGCAAUAUCGAUACAUUUUUAUUAACUAAAGCUUAUUUUUUAUUCACAUUUCUUUAGUUUUUAUCUUUCUCUGUUACAGGAUCCCAUUCAGGAUACAUUUAAUUGCUACGCCUCCUUAGACUACUCCUGGCUAUGACAGUGAAAGUGGGGGGAGGGAGGAGUUGGGGUGAGUGUUGGGAAACAAGACAAAAGAGGUAGGGUUGUGAGGGAUCUGUCAGUUUCUGUCCCGUCAUAUAGGCCCUGGUAAGGUCUUUGCAUUUACACUGAGGUAUAAGGCCCUUGGCCAGAGUCCCUAAGGUUGGUAGUUUGAACCCACCCAGAGGCGCCUCGGAAGACAGGCCUGGUGAUCUGCUUCCAAAAGGUGACAGCCUUGAAAAUCCUAUGGAGCAGUUCUACUCUGCACACGUGGGGUCACCAUGAGUUAGAACUGACUCAAUUACAACUGACAUAAAGCACUGAAGGAGCAGAAAGUGAUGUGAUCCAACUUGUAUUUUACAAGGAUCACCCUGGUUAUAGGGGUGAAGUUGGAAGCAGACGAAAUAGUGGGCUCUUUCAGUAGUUCAGGUGAGAUACCAUGGUAGCUUAGAGACCACAGUGCUAAGAGUGGAAAUAAUGAGAAUUGGUCACAUUUAAGAUCUGUAUCAAAUGUAACACCAGCGGGAUUUUCUGCUUGAGUGGAUGUAUUAUUAGCCAUCCUAGUGGGAGUGGAAUGGUAUCAUUGUGGUUUUGAUUUGCAUCUCUGAUCGCUGAUGUCAGUGAACAUCUUUUCAUAUGUUUGGUGAACAUGAGUGCCCUCUUUGUUGAAAUGUCUAUUCAAGUCCUUUGCCCAUUUUGUGAUAGGGUUGUCUUUGUUGUUGCCAAAGUUUUAUAUAUAUAUUGGUUAUUAGGUUCUUAUCAAACCAAGCCCCAGUGCCAUCGAGUCGAUUCUGACUCAUAGUGACCCUAUAGGACAGAGUGGAACUGUCCCACCCACAGAGUUCCCAAGGAGCGCCUGGUGGAUUCGAACUGCUGACCCUUUGGCUAGCAGCCGUAGCACUUAACCACUACACCACCGGGGUUUCCUAGGUUCUUAUCAGAUAUAUGGUUUUCAAAGAUAAUCUCUAGUCAGUAGCUCGUCUUUUUCCUCUUUUAAGUCUUCUGAUGAACAAAAGUUUUUCAUUUUUAUGAGGUCUUAUUUAUUUUGCCUUUUGCUCUUUGUGCUUUUGUUAGAUAAUCCAUUGUCAAAAGCUAGGCCUGACAGUGUUGCCCCUGCUUUUAUUCCUAAGAAUUUUAUGGUUUUAAUUUCACAUUUAGGUCCUUAAUCCAUUUUGAAUUUGUUCUUGUGUAUGGUGUGAGGCACGGAUCCUGUUUGAUUUUUCUGUAUGUGGAAAUCCAAUUUUCCCAGCACCAUUUAGCAAAGAGACUCUUCCUCGUUGGAUGGACUUAGCACACUUGUCAAAAAUCAGUUGGCCACAGAUGUGUGGGUUUAUUUCUGGACUCUCAAUUCUAUUCCAUGGUCUAUGUGUCUAUUGUUAUGCCAAUACCAGGCUGUUUUGACUACUGUCACUAUAUAGUAUGUUUGUAUUCCAUAUAGUUUUAAUGGCAUCUUAUUAUGAGUGAGGUUGCAUAUCCCUUUGUAUAUUUGAGAACAAUUCAUAGAUCCUGUUCUGUGAAUUAUUUUUUCAUUUCUUUUUCUAUUGUUAGUCGUUUUUCUUGCCAAUAUUUUGGUGUUCUUUAAGUUUAUAUAGUCUUAUAAAUGGGAGAUUAGCUAUUUGUAACAUUAAAUACAAAUAUUUGUUUUCAGUUUGCCUUUUUUUUUUUCAAGUAGUAGAGAAGAUCAAUUUUUUUAUGUUACAGCUUUGGAAUUGUGAAUAGUUAGAAAGGCCUUCCCCAUUCCAUGGUUUUAAAGGAACUUGCCCAAGUUUUGAGCCUUUUUUUUUUUAUUGUACUUUCAAGUUUUGACCCAUUUGGAGUUGACCCAGAGUUCUGUACAAGGUAUAACCCAUUCUUUUUUCCCCAAAAAGUCCACCAAACCAUCCCUGUCACCUUUAUUGAAAAUUCCAUUUUUUCCCAAAUGAUUUGAGAUGCCACAUUCACCAUACACUGAAAUUCUUUAAUGACGGAUUUUCUAUUCUGUCUCACUGGCCUGGCCAGUCAGAUGAUAGUCCCAAAUUACUAUAAUCUUUUAAGAUUUAGAGUAUAUAUUGUCACCUAGUAAGACAAGCCUUGACUGCUAUGCAUCGCUUUUUCUC